AUGUCUUGGAAAUUAACAUUACAAACUUCAGCAACAGUAAUAUCACUAAUAAUAAUAGUAAAUGAAUUACAUAAAGCUUACAAGCGACUAUAUGAUACCACUUCAUUAACUUCACUCCCACCAAAGUCAAGAGGUAUUGAAUCACGUAUUGGAAAUACUCCAAUUAUAGAAAUUAAAUCAUUAUCAGCUAAAACAGGAUGUAAAAUAUAUGCCAAACUAGAGUUAUGUAAUCCAGCAGGGAGUUCAAAAGAUAGAGUAGCUCUAGCGAUAAUAAGAGCAGCUGAAGAAUCAAAUCAAUUAAUACCUCAUCAAAAUAAUGUAAUAUUUGAAGGAACAUCAGGUUCAACUGGAAUAAGUUUUGCAGUAUUAGCUAAUGCUUUAGGUUAUAUUGCACAUAUAUGUUUACCUGAUGAUACAUCACCUGAGAAAUUACAACUUUUAACAGCAUUAGGAGCAGAAGUUGAAAAAGUUAAACCUGCAAGUAUUGUUGAUCCAAAUCAAUAUGUUAAUGCAGCAAGAAGAGGAGCAGAUGAAAUAAAUAAUGAUUCAACAACUACCCAAAAAGCCAUUUUCGCAAAUCAAUUUGAGAAUGAUUUUAAUUGGAGAAUUCAUUAUAAAACCACUGGACCAGAAAUUUAUAAACAAUUAAAUUCUAAAAUUGAUGUAUUUAUAAAUGGAUCAGGUACAGGUGGGACAAUAUCAGGAGUUGGGAAAUAUUUAAAAGAACGAAAUCCAAAAACAAAAGUAAUUCUAGCAGAUCCACAAGGAAGUGGACUUGCAAAUAGAAUCAAUUAUGGAGUAUUAUAUGAUACUGUAGAAAAAGAAGGUACAAGAAGAAGACAUCAAGUAGAUACUUUAGUAGAAGGAAUUGGAUUAAAUCGAUUAACUUGGAAUUUUAAACAAGGUGAAUCAUAUAUUGAUGAAGCUAUAAAAGUAAAUGAUGAACAAGCUUUAAAGAUGGCUAAAUAUUUAUGUAUUAAUGAUGGAUUAUUUUGGGGUUCUUCUGCUGCUAUUAAUUGUGUUGCUGCUGUAAAAAUUGCUUUGAAAUAUGGUUCAGGACAAAACAUUGUUGUUAUUGCUUGUGAUUCUGGUGAUCGUCAUUUAUCUAAAUUUUGGAAAGAAGCCAUGAAAUUACCUAAUGAUAUUAAAUUAGAAGAUAUAAUAUAA